AUGUCGCGCCUCAGCUGGGGGUACGCGGAGCACAACGGUCCUGUUCACUGGAACCAACUCUUCCCCAUCGCUGAUGGGGACCAGCAGUCCCCGAUUGAGAUUAAAACCAAGGAAGCAAAGUUUGACUCUUCCCUCCGCCCCCUUAGCAUUGCGUAUGACUCGAGCUCCGCCAAGAUCAUCAGUAACAGUGGCCAUUCCUUCAACGUCGACUUUGAUGACACGGAGGACAAAUCAGUUCUGCGCGGGGGGCCGCUCACAGGAAGAUACCGGCUGCGGCAGUUCCACCUGCACUGGGGGUCCACGGAUGACCACGGCUCUGAGCACGUGGUGGACGGAGUGAGGUAUGCUGCCGAGCUCCACGUCGUCCACUGGAACGCGGACAAGUACCCCAGCUUCGUGGAGGCCGCUCACGCGCCCGACGGACUUGCUGUCCUGGGCGUGUUUUUACAGAUUGGCGAAUGUAACCCCCAACUGCAAAAGAUCACUGACAUCCUGGAUUCCAUUAGAGAAAAGGGUAAACAAACUCGAUUCACGAAUUUUGACCCCUUGUCGCUGCUUCCUCCGUCCUGGGAUUACUGGACCUACCCGGGGUCUCUCACCGUGCCGCCCCUCCUGGAGAGUGUCACGUGGAUCAUCCUAAAGCAGCCAAUCAGCGUCAGCUCCCAGCAGCUGGCUGCCUUUCGCAGGCUCCUGUGCACCCCCGAGGGCCACGUGGCCGCCUUCCUGCUGAGCAACCACCGGCCCCCGCAGCCCCUGAAGGGCCGCCAGGUGCGGGCCUCCUUCCACUGA